CUACCACACUACCCCAUACUUCUGGCGCCACUGCCGCUGCACUGCUCCUGCUGGUUUCUGGUUCUACCACAUCGGCAUGCCGAUGUCACCUCUACAGAGAACAAUCCGUGGGUUACAUCAUUGUGCAGUUUGGGUCUUUAUCUGCCUCUGACAACUACUUCUUUCCCUCUUUGAUUCCCCUGGUGCCUGGAACCAGAGACAUAACAUCACAGAUUCACUCUCGAACUUUCCGAUUUUCCUGAUUACUUGUGGGUUGUUUCUCAUCUCCAGAUCAACUCCUGGGACCUCGGCCUUGAUCUACCCUCUCCCGUCCCUGCAUCGCCAUCUCGGCAUUUGAUAUCUCUCUCUCCCACUCUCUCUUUCCCCACUCCACCUAUCAUCAUGCCUGGCAAAACGACCUCGGCCAGCAUGCCGCGCAUCACCAAGUUCACCAACUGCCGCCUCGUGCGCGGCUCCAGUUUGAUUGAACAGGAUCUAUGGAUCGACUCUCUGACCGGCAAGAUCCUCAAAGAUCAAGAGGCUUUCUACGAGCUGCACCUGUCCCCCGAUGAGAUAAUCGAUCUGGGUGGCCGCAUCUUGGCCCCGGGUCUAAUCGAUACUCAGCUUAACGGCGCACAGGGUUUCGAUUUCUCCGUGCCCUGCGCGACCAAGAAUGAGUACGACGAAGGUCUCCGUCUCGUCAACCAGGGCCUGGCACGUACCGGCGUGACCGCAUACCUGCCUACGGUCGUGAGCUCUACACCCGAAGUGUACUGGCAGGUCCUCCCCUCUCUCGGCCCUACCGCCGCAACCCACCGUCCCCAAGACGGCGCCGAAUCCCUCGGCGCCCACGUCGAAGGCCCCUUCAUCAGCCCCGGCCGCAAUGGCAUCCACAAGCCCGAGGUUCUCCGCGCCGCUCAGACCUACGACGACCUCAUCCACUGCUACGGUGCCUCAAACCUCACCCCACCCACCCCCCACACCUCCCCCAUCAAAAUGAUCACCGCCGCCCCGGAAGUCGGCAACAUGAUGGCGCAGAUUCCCCACAUCACCGACUCGGGCAUCAUCUACUCGAUCGGCCACUCGGACGCGACCUACGAACAGGCCGUGUCGGCAACGCACCAGGGCGCGCGAAUGAUUACGCAUUUGUUCAACGCUAUGCGUCCGUUUUACCACCGUAAUCCCGGCGUCUUUGGCCUUUUGGGCCAAUCGGAGCGCAGAAGGCCGUUUUACGGCGUUAUUGCGGACGGGAUUCAUUUGCAUCCUACGUCGAUUAAGAUUGCGUAUAAUGCGCAUCCGGAUGGACUGGUGCUUGUCACCGAUGCCAUGCGUCUGUGUGGCCUGCCCGAUGGUGUUUAUGAGUGGACGAACGGGGAGCGUAUUGUGAAGACCGGUGCGCGAUUGACGCUGGAGGGCUCGGAUAAGAUUGCCGGUUCGUCGGCGACUUUGAUCGAGUGCGUGAACAAUUUCCGCCGUUGGUCCGGGGCUAGUACCGCCGAUGCGAUCAAUGCUGCUACCGCCGUCCCCGCGCGUAUGUUGGGCUUGGAGAAGGUCAAGGGGUGUCUAGAUGCCGGUGCUGAUGCGGAUUUGGUGGUGUUGGGAGAGUCGGAUGAUCCGUACUCGGGGCGGACACUGACCGUGGAUCAGGUAUGGAAGUUUGGCGUGAAGAUUCACGAUGCUGAGAAGGUGGCUGCCGUGGCGGUUUAACGAGGGGAUUUUCUGCUUCUUCUUCUUCUGGGUUUUCCUUCCGCUUUUUUUCAUGCAGCUAUCACUUCUUCUACGUGCGUUCGGAUAUCUGCGAUUUAGGGCCCGGCGUUUGGGUUCAUUUGCAUUUCGUGAAGCAUAGAAUCAUACCUACUACAUGCGCAAGCACAUUUCACAUCCCAUAGAACUUUAGCUUGAACAUCGAUCUUCCAAUCGAGAUUUACGGUUGACGG